AUGAGGUUUCGACUGGUCAAAAGGAAUCUGCUAGUGCUCUUGGGAGUUACCUUUAUUGUUGCAACCCUCCUGUUUUCCACACGCCUGUUAAUAGUCUCUGAAAAUGACACUAGAGAGCCUAACCGUGCCGUUCGAGAUAACCCGGAUAUUCAUUCUGGGGACAUACUGAAGUUUAACUUUGGCUCCCUGUCAGAGCUGACCCAGUCCGUUUACAGUGCCAAUUUUAAGCAGGGCGUUCAAAAUGCAGACAGGUUUCCAGGGGAGCCUCAGCUGGUUCUUGUUGUGCAGGUUCACAACAGGCCUGAAUACCUCAAACUGUUCAUCAGGUCCUUAGAAAGAGCGGCUGAGGUCCACAGCUUUCUCCUUAUCUUUAGCCAUGACCAUUUUUCUGAGGAAAUAAACACAAUUGUGCAAGGGAUAACUUUCUGCAAAGUACUGCAGAUUUAUUUCCCUUUCAGUACUCAGCUGUAUCCCCAUGAGUUUCCUGGGCAGGAUCCACAAGACUGCCCUCGAGACCUAUCCAAGGACGAUGCUGUCAAAACAGGAUGUCUUAAUGCACAACACCCUGACUCGUAUGGGCAUUACAGGGAAGCCUUCAUCACCCAAACCAAACACCACUGGUGGUGGAAAUUGCACUUUGUGUGGGAGCGAGUGCAGGCAAUGCAGGGAUACAGGGGUUUUGCAAUUUUUCUUGAAGAGGACAAUUACAUCCUACCAGACUUUUUCCACUUUUACAAAUUCAUGAUAGAUUUCAAGAAGAAGAGCUGCUCAGACUGUGAUGUGCUUGCUUUGGGAAACCAUGAUGACCUGACAGAUUUUAUCAGAAUUUCCAAUAAGGUAUUGACCACUGGGUGGAUGUCCACUAAACAUAAUAUAGGCAUGGCCAUUUCCAGGGAGAUGUAUUACAAGCUGAUGGGCUGCAGCAACGAGUUCUGCACCUAUGACGAUUACAACUGGGACUGGACAUUGCAGUACCUUUCAGGAACCUGCAUAUCAAAGCCUGUCAAAGUCCUGGCAGCCCUUGGCUCCAGGGUUCUGCACACCGGGGACUGUGGUCUUCACCAGAAGGAGAACUGCAGACCGGAGCAAGCCCUACAAAGGGUUGAGGAGAAACUUCGAAUGACCAAAGAGGGACUCUUUCCUCAGUCUCUUAUCCUCAUGAGAGCUGAAGCACCUGAGCACAAAGCGCAUCUGAAGAAUGGAGGAUGGGGAGAUGUCCGAGACCAUAUUUUAUGCAAUAACUAUGCCAAACGCCUUUGA